AUGAAAGUUAUUGAUGGUUCUUCACCUGCAGAAAAAAGAUAUCGUAUCUUAGAAGAUGAUGUGGUAAGCCUUAGUGAAGUUGUUAACCUAGAAGGGCUUUUGAGAAAGAAAUUACGAACAGGAUCCAGCGUGAAGGUGGAAGGGGAUGAACAGGAGGUGGUAUCAGCAAGUGAUGAUGAUGCUAGAUCUGAAUCAGGCCCAGCUGAAGAUCCACCCGAGAAAGAAAAAGAAAUGAUGGCAUUGUACGAUAAGGAAAAACAAUUUGCUGGGGACGAGUAUUUAUCACCAUUAAAUCAAACACUGCAGGGAAGCCACGAGGCUGCUGGCGCAACAACAAGCGUGUACGAUGUUAGACCAGGCGGAAGUACAACUUAUACAGAAAAGUAUGAAAAAAAGCUGACUGAUCCAUGGACAGAAACUAAACACUCGGAUGAAUAUCUCGCUGCUCAGCCUGACACAAGUGAUGAAGAGGAUGACAUAGCUGCCGUAGAACUAGAGGGUGAUGAACUCAACUGUCCUAUUUGUAUGAAGCGGCUAAAGGAGCCCAAGUUGACACCUUGCGGCCAUACCAUGUGUUGCCGAUGUCUAGAUAAUUGGGCUAUUGAAAAAGGCAGAGAAAAGUGUCCUUGUCCUGUAUGUAAACAACAAAUCAAUAUGCCGGGAGGGGGAGCGAGAGAAUUAAAAGGGAAUUAUGCAUUAUCUGGAGUUUUAGAAAGUAUAAAACAUAAAUCGAAGAAAACUCCUGGAAAAGUGAAGAAAACUCGAAAACCCGUUAAUACUUGCACAGACCAUCCUGAUGAACCUCUGAAGUUCUAUUGUAUACGCUGUCGUGAGGUCGUUUGCAGAGACUGCAUUGUUACCACUCACGAGGGACAUAAGCCUGUUGGACUUAAACAAGGUCUUGUCCAAACAUCAGAACAAAGAGAGUUAACAUUACAAAGAAUAAUUACAAACAAUAAUAGAUUUCAAGAGCAUCUUGAUAAUAAAGCAGCAAUAGUGAAGGAAAAAGUUCAAUCUGCAAAACAAGUUCAAACCAACGCAGUCAAUACGCAAUACGAACAUGAAUUAAAAGAAGUAACGUCUACAGAUGAUAUCAAAACAACUAAAUACAAUCAAAUAGAAAGUAUUACAAAACAGCACGAUGAGAACAUAGUCGCAGUCGACAAUAUACAGGAGGGCAAUAUUAGAAAGAUCAAAGCGCAUAAUGAUCAACUUCAGUCAGAAAUAACCCUAACACAAGGUAUACUCCAACAACUCAACUCUAAUCAACAGUUUGAAAACCCAGACGACAGUAUACGAUUUUUACAAGAACUGGCCGAGAAAGUACAAGAAUGGAAGAAAACACCAAUAGCUGACAUUAGACAAGAACUAGCCAUUCCACAGUAUGUUGAUGGUGAUUCUACAGUGGCAGGUCUACAGCUCGGUUACAUAUUAUCCACGAGGAAU